AUGAAACGGCAAUACCUAUUCUAUUUAAUCGCCCUAAUUCUUUGCAGUCAUUCUGCUCAGGGAAUCUACUUUACAACGACUUCAGCUCCAUACAUCGUCUAUCGUACUGGAUCACGCAUUGAACUAAAUUGUUCGGUUGAUGCUUUUCCAAAUCGUAAUGGCUCGUAUAUCAUGUGGACUAAAGGUGGCGCAAGGGUAUUAAACGGCUCUCGUAUUUACGUCAAUACAAAUAACACUUUGAUCAUAUCCAAUGCAUUACUACCGGAUACUGGCUCCUAUCAAUGCUCAGCACUAGCCGGAGGUCAAACUAUUUCUACCACAACACAACUGACUGUUAACGAUGUUCCUGGCAAGCCACGCUAUGUUGUACUAUUCAAUAAAAUGAAAGAAUCCGUCAAUGUCUAUUGGACAUUCACUCAUGGCCAAGAUCAUAAUAGUCCAAUUCUUGCCUAUCGUAUCGAAUACAGAUCCAAUCAUAAUCAAACUAUACGUGUGCAAAAUGUAACCCAUCCUAUGGCCAACAAUGCUACUGUCAAGCUAUCACCUUGGGGACAGUAUGUUUUCCGAGUCGCUGGCAUCAAUACAGUUGGAGUUGGUGAAAGAAGCUUAUGGACAGCAGCGUAUAUUACUGAACCAGCAGUACCUUACAAUGCUCCUAAAGGUCUCAGAGUUGAAGGUUCUGGACGUUAUCCCAAUAGACUCUUUGUAUCAUGGAUGGCUCUUCCUGGUGAAGAACAAAAUGCUCCUGGUAUUGGAUACAUGCUAUACUAUAAACUCGACAGCGACCGAUUUUAUACCAACUUAAAUGUCUCCAAUGUCAACUCCUACUUUAUUAAUAACUUGCUUCGAGAAAGAUAUUACGAUAUCUAUAUCCAACCUUAUAAUAAUUUAGGUAUUGGCCUGAGGACAACAACCAUAGUACGUGGGUUCACAUCAGAAGCUCCUCCUAGAAGUCCACCUGUCAAUUUUAGAACUACCGAAAUUGAAGCAAAUUCGAUUGCUGUUCGUUGGGAUGGUAUACCCCAGAAUUUUAUUGAAGGAACACUACGUGGCUAUACACUGAGGAUAUGGGAUGUCAGAGCUCCAGGCCGAUCAACUAACUAUACUGUGGGACCCAACACUUUAACUUACGUAUUUUAUGGCUUGAUGCCAUAUACUGUUUAUGAAAUUGAAGCUUUCGGAAGAAGUCGUAGCAGUGGAAGGAGUUACUCUGCUAGAAUUGUUGUUCGUACUAGAUCAAGCAAACCUGAUCCUGUUAUGCAACUUGCUGCCGGUGCAAUAUCAACAGGAAAUGUUGUAGCGGCUAACUGGGUACGUCCAGCGCGUGCGAAUGGUAUUAUUAUCGGCUAUAGCUUAAAUAUCACUUAUACUCUAACUGGUCGAGCUUAUCAAUACUAUGGAUCAUAUUUGCUUCCUGGCAACGUUCACCAUUUCAGCCUAAGUCGUGUUCCGAGAGGUACAUAUGUAUUUACAGUAUCAGCGGAGAAUGCCGCCGGAUUUGGUCCAUCUCGAAGAGCACAAGCAUAUGCCUCUGGUGAUGACUAUGCUCCAUACAAUUACCUUGCCAAGGCUGUAUCGAAUAGCCGCAUCGAAAUAAGUUGGCUUGUUGUUAAAAAUCCAAUACGAUUUGAAGUUCGUUUGCGAGAAGCUCGAAAUGAUUCAGUAUGGUACAAGUAUGGUGCUAAUAUACCUGGAACUGCUCGCCAAAUUACUCUAGAUGGUAUCGACGGAACUAAGAAUUAUUACGUUCGAAUGGUUAGUAUUCUUAAUACCGGACGUAACCCACUGGAAAGUAGUCCAACACCUCAAGCAUUAGCCGCAAUGUCGUCAUUCGAAGAGAAUUUGCCACCUUUCAAUCGGGCUUGGUUCGUUAUUCUAUUUGUUAUGGGUGUUAUUCUUGCUUUAAUACUCGUAUAUAUGAUUUAUCGCCAAUUCCGAAGUGGCCCAGUUCAAGAACCUCCUAAAGAAACACAUCGAGCUCCUCGACCUCCACCACAACAACAACCACUGGGACAAAAAGAAUUACUCUUAAUGAUGAUUGUCUUCUUCGUCCUCUUACAGUUUAAUCGGGUUAACCAAUUGAUUUGGGCUCCAUUACUCAUUGAUGAUGUAUGCGAGAGAAGAUUGAUUGAUAUCUUCGGAUAUUAA